UAUGGAUUGUAUUCGUUUCUGGACUGUCAUAUUUGCAUGUGGAUUUAUUUUAUUUGUAAUAAACAUCAUUCAACUUUAGUUAUCCUUGUUCCUAAUACUUAAAUAUUAGAUUGAAUUUUAUAGAUAUCCUGUUAAGAAUUAAACUCAUUCAGAAACUACAGCAUUAGUAUCAGCAUGUGUUUAUUUGGCAUUGACUAUUGCUUUUAUAAUUUGGGGAAGAAGAAGGGAAGAGAAACAUAAAUUGAAUAUUUAAUAACAAUAUAGCAAUUUGCCACCUAAUUAAUUUGAAGCAGCUCCUGAAAUUGAGAAUGAUAAAAAAAUGGAAUCAUGAAAAAAAACUAUAUAUUAUAAUGAAUUCCC